AUGGGAAUGAAGGAUCCAUAUACAGGAUCACAAGUUGUAGCUGCAGUGACAAUACAGAGAGUUGUAAGAGGAUGGCUAGUCAGGAGAAGUCAUACAGAGUUUUUCAGGAAGAUCAAGUAUCGAAAGUACAUCAUCAGAGAGAUUAUCAACUUUGAAAACACAUACAUCAAGAAACUCAGUCUCCUCAUUGAACAGCUCAAGAAACCACUGCUUAAGCAUUACUAUCGCAAGAUAAUCACAGUGGACAAGGUCAAUCAACUGUUUGCAAACAUCGAGGACAUUCUACAGUUGCACAUUAAGCUAGUGUCAAUGUUUGAUAAGCCCCCACCUUGUUUGAUCGGUUCAAUAUAUAUGGAGUUUAUUCCACAAUUCACAACCUACCUACCAUAUGUCAAGAACUACAACAACGCAUUCAAGAUCUACUCUUCACUGGUGGACAAUGAAGACUUCUCCUCAUUGAUCGAAUCAUUUGGUUACCUGCCAAGCUACCUCAUUCUGCCCAUUCAACAAACACCUCGAUAUGUACUACUAUUUAGCGAUCUGCUCAAGCACACAAACCUCCAGAAUCAAGACUACGACAACCUUGUACGGCUUAUUGAUACAGUCAAGGUCACUGCCUCUAGUAUUAAUGAGUGUCUAACAUCUAAUGACAACGAGGAAGAUACUCAUGAUCUCCCAAGGAGACCAGCGUCAGCCUCAUCAAACAGGAAACCACGUAACAGCAUUGCGAUACAUAAGAAGGCUUUCGAUGCUGUCUUGUCGGGCAACAUUAUAAUGGCCGAACAAGACUAUGCCAACAUCCCAAGCUAUCUAAGGCCAACCUUUGCCUCUAAUGGAUGGUCACGAACAAAGACACCACCACCCGCCAGAAACCAAUGGCGUCCAACCAGUCAGGCAUCUCCAUAUCAUGAUGUACACAAGAUGACCAAAUCAAUACCUCGUCCACCAUCACCUCUACCAAAGCCCAAUUUCUGUGGAGGAGCAGAUACUGGCAGCAGUAGUUCAUCACCUAGAACAAUGACAUCAACAUCCACAACAACGACAACAACAUCAACAACAUCAAUAUCGACUACACCUAUGAAGUUGACAAAGGCAAACAAAUCAGUAUCCUCCGAGUCACUUAUACUGUCAUCCAGUAAUACUACGCCAUCGUCCAUGGCAACAUCACCAAUAAUGAUUAGCUCACCACCCAUCCAAAAGACAAUGACCAUUGAGGUAUCCACUGGAAGAGUGACUGACUGA